AUGUCGGAAUCCGAAGGCAGGAAAGACACCAUCCCAGAGCCCAGUCAAGCCAAUGGGGCAGGCCCUGGUCCUGAAUGGGGGCUGUGUCCUGGACCUCCAGCCAUGGGGGAUGAUAUCAAUGGGGUAUCGGGCCUUGGAACUCCUAGGCGAAGGACCCAGCACAACAAACACAAGACAGUGGCAGUAGCCAGUGCCCAGCGGUCACCCCGGGCACUCUUCUGCCUCACCCUGGCCAAUCCCCUUCGACGAUCCUGCAUCAGCAUCGUGGAGUGGAAGCCUUUUGACAUCCUCAUCCUGCUGACCAUCUUUGCCAACUGCGUGGCCCUGGGGGUCUACAUCCCCUUCCCUGAGGAUGACUCCAACACUGCCAACCACAACUUGGAGCAGGUGGAAUAUGUAUUCUUGGUCAUUUUCACUGUGGAGACUGUGCUCAAGAUCGUAGCCUAUGGGCUGGUGCUCCACCCCAGCGCCUAUAUCCGCAAUGGCUGGAACCUACUGGACUUCAUCAUUGUCGUGGUGGGGCUGUUCAGCGUGCUAUUGGAGCAAGGACCUGGGCGACCAGGCGAUGCCCCUCAUACUGGGGGAAAGCCAGGAGGCUUCGAUGUGAAAGCAUUACGGGCAUUUAGGGUGCUGAGGCCACUGAGGCUGGUGUCUGGGGUCCCGAGCCUGCAUAUCGUGCUCAAUUCCAUCAUGAAGGCGCUGGUGCCACUGCUGCACAUUGCCCUACUGGUGCUCUUCGUCAUUAUCAUUUAUGCCAUCAUUGGACUCGAGCUGUUCCUAGGACGCAUGCACAAGACAUGCUACUUCUUGGGAUCUGACAUGGAGGCAGAAGAGGACCCGUCGCCUUGCGCAUCUUCAGGCUCUGGGCGUGCAUGCACACUGAACCAGACUGAGUGCCGCGGGCGCUGGCCAGGGCCCAACGGUGGCAUCACAAAUUUUGACAACUUCUUCUUUGCCAUGCUGACAGUCUUCCAGUGUAUUACCAUGGAAGGCUGGACAGAUGUCCUUUACUGGAUGCAGGAUGCCAUGGGGUAUGAGCUACCCUGGUUGUACUUUGUAAGCCUUGUUAUCUUUGGGUCCUUCUUCGUCCUCAAUCUUGUGCUUGGAGUCCUGAGUGGGGAGUUCUCUAAGGAAAGAGAGAAAGCAAAAGCACGAGGUGAUUUUCAGAAGCUUCGGGAGAAGCAGCAGAUGGAGGAGGACCUGCGUGGCUACCUGGACUGGAUCACACAGGCUGAGGAGCUGGACCUCGAGGACCCCUCAACAGAGGGCAACACUGCUUCUCUGGCUGAAGAGGGCCGGGUUGGCCAUCGACCACAGCUGGCCGAGCUGACCAGUAGAAGGCGUGGACGUCUGCGUUGGUUUAGUCAUUCCACUCGCUCCACACACUCCACCAGCAGUCACGCCAGCCUCCCAGCCAGUGACACCGGCUCUAUAGCAGAAAAUCCAGGCGAUGAGGAAGAGGAAGAGGGGGCUCUGGCCAGCUGUACACGCUGCCUAAACAAGAUCAUGAAAACCAGAGUCUGUCGACAUCUCCGCCGAGCCAACCGGGGUCUCCGCACACGCUGUCGUCGGGCUGUGAAAUCCAAUGCCUGCUACUGGGCUGUGUUGCUGCUCGUCUUCCUCAACACAUUGACCAUCGCCUCAGAGCACCAUGGGCAGCCUGUGUGGCUCACCCAGAUCCAGGAGUAUGCCAACAAAGUACUGCUCUGUCUGUUCACGGUGGAGAUGCUUCUCAAACUGUACGGUCUGGGCCCCUCUGUCUACGUCGCCUCCUUCUUCAACCGUUUCGACUGCUUUGUAGUCUGUGGGGGCAUCCUGGAGACCACCUUGGUAGAGGUGGGUGCCAUGCAGCCCCUCGGCAUCUCAGUGCUCCGGUGUGUGCGUCUCCUGAGGAUUUUUAAGGUCACCAGACACUGGGCAUCUCUGAGCAAUCUGGUGGCAUCCCUGCUAAAUUCUAUGAAGUCCAUCGCAUCCUUGCUACUUCUUCUCUUCCUCUUUAUCAUCAUCUUCUCCCUGCUUGGUAUGCAGCUGUUUGGGGGCAAGUUCAACUUUGAUCAGACCCACACCAAGCGAAGCACCUUUGACACUUUCCCCCAGGCCCUCCUCACUGUCUUUCAGAUCCUGACAGGUGAAGACUGGAACGUGGUCAUGUAUGAUGGUAUCAUGGCCUAUGGUGGCCCUUUCUUCCCAGGAAUGCUAGUAUGCAUCUAUUUCAUCAUCCUGUUCAUCUGUGGCAACUAUAUCCUGUUGAAUGUGUUUCUUGCCAUUGCGGUGGAUAACCUGGCCAGUGGGGAUGCAGGCACUGCCAAGAACAAAGGCAGGGAGAAGAGCAGUGAGGAAAAUCCUCCGCAGGAGAAUGGAGAUUUGGUACCUGGUGGGGAGAAUGAGGAGGCAGAAGGAACAAAGAGUGAAGGAGCAGCACCAGGCAUGGAGGAAGAGGAGGAUGAGGAAGAGGAAGAAGAGGAAGGAGGAGCAAGGCAUGUGGAACUCCUGCAGGAAGUUGUACCCAAGGAGAAAGUGGUACCCAUUCCUGAAGGCAGUGCCUUCUUCUGCCUCAGCCAAACCAACCCGUUGCGGAAGGCCUGUCACACCCUUAUCCACCAUCAUAUCUUCACUAAUCUCAUCCUGGUGUUCAUCAUCCUCAGCAGUGUAUCCCUGGCAGCUGAGGACCCCAUUAGAGCCCACUCCUUCCGCAACCACAUUCUAGGGUACUUUGAUUAUGCCUUCACCUCCAUUUUCACUGUGGAGAUUCUACUAAAGAUGACAGUGUUUGGGGCCUUCCUGCACCGUGGCUCCUUCUGCCGUAGCUGGUUCAAUCUGUUGGAUCUACUGGUGGUCAGUGUAUCCCUGAUCUCCUUCGGCAUCCAUUCCAGCGCCAUCUCAGUGGUGAAGAUUCUCCGGGUACUUCGGGUCCUGCGGCCCCUCCGUGCCAUCAACAGGGCCAAGGGACUCAAGCACGUGGUGCAGUGUGUGUUCGUGGCCAUCCGGACCAUCGGGAACAUCAUGAUUGUCACCACCCUCCUGCAGUUCAUGUUUGCCUGCAUCGGUGUGCAGCUCUUCAAGGGGAAAUUCUACAGUUGCACUGAUGAGGCCAAACACACCCCCAAGGAAUGCAAGGGUUCCUUCCUCAUCUACCCUGAUGGAGAUGUGUCACGGCCCUUGGUCCGGGAGCGGCUCUGGGUCAACAGUGAUUUCAACUUUGACAACGUCCUUUCAGCCAUGAUGGCCCUGUUCACUGUUUCCACCUUUGAAGGCUGGCCUGCGCUACUAUAUAAGGCCAUCGAUGCACAUGCAGAAAAUGAGGGCCCCAUCUACAAUUACCAUGUGGAGAUCUCUGUGUUCUUCAUUGUCUACAUCAUCAUCAUCGCAUUCUUCAUGAUGAACAUCUUUGUGGGUUUUGUUAUCAUCACCUUUCGUGCCCAGGGAGAGCAGGAGUACCAAAACUGUGAGCUGGACAAGAACCAGCGCCAAUGUGUGGAAUAUGCCCUCAAGGCCCAGCCACUCCGGCGAUACAUCCCCAAGAAUCCACAUCAGUACCGUGUGUGGGCCACUGUGAACUCUGCUGCCUUCGAGUACCUCAUGUUUCUGCUCAUCCUGCUCAACACAGUUGCCCUAGCCAUGCAGCACUAUGAACAGACUGCUCCCUUCAACUAUGCUAUGGACAUCCUCAACAUGGUCUUCACUGGCCUCUUCACUAUUGAGAUGGUGCUCAAAAUCAUCGCCUUCAAACCCAAGCAUUACUUUGCCGAUGCUUGGAACACGUUUGAUGCUCUUAUUGUGGUGGGCAGCGUAGUGGACAUUGCUGUCACAGAAGUCAAUAAUGGUGGUCACCUUGGCGAGAGCUCAGAGGACAGCUCCCGCAUAUCUAUCACCUUCUUUCGCCUCUUCCGAGUCAUGCGGCUGGUCAAGCUUCUCAGUAAGGGUGAAGGAAUCCGCACAUUGCUCUGGACAUUCAUCAAAUCCUUCCAGGCCUUGCCCUAUGUGGCUCUGCUCAUAGCAAUGAUAUUCUUCAUUUAUGCAGUCAUUGGCAUGCAGAUGUUUGGCAAAGUGGCUCUUCAGGAUGGCACACAGAUCAACCGAAACAACAAUUUCCAAACCUUUCCUCAGGCUGUGCUGCUUCUGUUCAGGUGUGCCACUGGUGAAGCAUGGCAGGAGAUAAUGCUUGCCAGCCUUCCUGGAAGUCGGUGUGACCCUGAGUCUGACUUCGGCCCUGGCGAGGAAUUUACCUGUGGUAGCAAUUUUGCCAUUGCCUAUUUUAUCAGCUUCUUCAUGCUCUGUGCCUUUCUGAUCAUAAAUCUCUUUGUGGCUGUGAUCAUGGACAACUUCGAUUACCUAACCAGAGAUUGGUCCAUCCUGGGCCCCCAUCAUCUUGAUGAAUUCAAGAGGAUCUGGUCUGAAUAUGACCCUGGAGCCAAGGGCCGCAUCAAGCACCUGGACGUAGUUGCCCUGCUGAGACGCAUCCAGCCCCCACUGGGAUUUGGAAAGCUAUGCCCACACCGAGUGGCCUGCAAGAGACUGGUGGCAAUGAACGUACCCCUCAAUUCAGAUGGGACAGUCACAUUCAACGCCACACUCUUUGCUCUGGUGCGGACAUCCCUGAAGAUCAAGACAGAAGGGAACCUGGAGCAAGCCAACCAGGAACUACGGAUGGUCAUCAAAAAGAUCUGGAAGUGGAUAAAGCAGAAGUUGUUGGAUGAAGUCAUCCCCCCUCCAGAUGAGGAGGAAGUCACCGUGGGAAAAUUCUAUGCCACAUUCCUGAUCCAAGAUUAUUUCCGAAAAUUCCGAAGGAGGAAAGAAAAGGGGCUACUAGGAACUGAGGCCCCCUCAAGCACUUCCUCUGUCCUUCAGGCAGGUCUAAGGAGUCUACAGGACUUGGGUCCUGAGAUAAGGCAGGCCCUCACCUAUGACACAGAGGAAGAAGAGGAGGAAGAGGCAGCAGGUCAGGAGGAUGAGGAGGAAGAAGCUGUAAAGGAUCCAGAAACAUACAAAGUACCUGUGGAUUCCCAGUCCCAGUCUCGGCGGAGCUCCAGGAUUUCUGUGUCUCUGCCUACAAAGGAGAGAGUCCCAGACUCACUCUCCCUUGGGCCCAGUGAUGAUGAUGUGGGGGCUCCUACCUCCAGGCAGCCCAAUGUAGCCCAGGCUGGAUCCAAUGCUCACAGGAGAAGCUCUGGGGUUCUCAUGUUCACUAUCCCAGAAGAAGGAAGUGCUCAGCCCAAGGGAACUCAAGGCCAAGACAACCAGAAGGAAGAAGAGGAAGUUCCCGACCAGCUCUCCUACCUGAAUGAGCAGACGACGACUCCUUCACACACAGUUCUUUUGUCAUCUGACUGGCCUCAGCGAUACGAAAAUGGGCACCAUGCACCACGUCGACGCCUCUUGCCCCCCACACCUGCUGUUCGGAAGCCCUCCUUCACCAUCCAGUGUCUACAACGCCAGGGCAGUUGUGAAGAUUUACCCAUCCCAGGAACCUAUCAUCGUGGACGGAACUCAGGUCCUGGCAGGGCUCAGGGUUCCUGGGCAACCCCUCCUCAGAGGGGUCGGCUGCUAUAUGCACCCCUGUUGUUGGUGGAGGAGGCUGCAGCUGGGGAAGGAUACUUUGGCAAACCUGGCGGUCCACUGCGCACCUUCACCUGUCUACAAGUGCCUGGAGCCCACUCAGACCCCAGUCACCACAAGAGGGGCAGUGCCGACAGUUUGGUAGAAGCUGUUCUCAUCUCCGAGGGCUUGGGCCUCUUUGCCCGAGACCCUCGCUUUGUGGCCCUGGCCAAGCAGGAGAUUGCUGAUGCAUGUCGCCUGACACUGGAUGAGAUGGACAGUGCUGCCAGUGACCUGUUGGCACAGCGGACCAGCUCACUAUAUAGUGAUGAGGAGUCUAUCCUCUCCCGUUUGGAUGAAGAGGACCUAGGAGAUGAGAUGGCCUGUGUCCAUGCCCUCUGA